CUUGGAGAGACGGUACCCUAACCUGCUCUCACUCGUUGUGUCUCGCGUUCUUGCAGAUCUCGAGCAAACCUGCCAACCCAUCUACUUCCUGUAGUCAGCAAUUCCAUCCCUAACAGAGGGAAAAAAAGGGAAGGAAGCAUUUUCUAAGUGUUCUAAAUAAGGCGUUCUGAAGAGCAACCUCCACUUGGUCGUCCGUCUGCAACACCCACGAGCUUCAUCGUAUAGAUGCCAUAACUGUUUCUCAUGUUUUAUAUCGCAUGUGUGCUGGGAGGCCGUUGCAUCGAUCGUGGGUAGAAGUAAAAACACGCCGUGGGUUCAAAACAAGAAGUGUAAUUAACCCUGCAAAUGGCACGGAGAAUACAAUAGAUGCGCAUAUUUUCUUGCAUGAAAGUGAAAUCAGUUCAAACUCCGAGCUUGGGAAGGGAAGGGAACUCGACUUACGUUCUAUCAGAAUCCCAAGUGCGUUCAUGUAUUGGAAAAAUGAGGUUUUGGCCCCUCUACCAGAGGGAAAUAAGUUUUUAUCCGAAGGAAUUCCCUCAAAACAGGUGAUUUCUCCAGAAACGCCGCAGAGUACACCGGGUGCCUCGCGCUGCGUGGAAGCCAAAUACACACACGUCAUGUCUCACUCGGACGGAGAAUCGCACCGAUCGAACAUGGAGAGGGAGGACACGCGCUCCUCCCCGAGUCCCCCCUCUACCCCGUAUAUCUGCUCGCCUAUCUCCACCGCCUCCUCGGUGGCGUCCACCGGGAAGAACGUGUGCGCGAGCUGUGGUUUGGAGAUCCUGGACAGAUACCUACUCAAGGUAAAUAACUUGAUCUGGCACGUGAGGUGUCUGGAGUGUUCUGUCUGCCGGACGUCGUUACGUCAACACAACAGCUGUUACAUCAAAAACAAAGAGAUCUUCUGUAAAAUGGAUUAUUUCAGUAAGUUCGGUACAAAGUGUGCCCGGUGCGGCCGCCAGAUCUACGCCAGUGACUGGGUGCGUCGAGCCAGGGGCAACGCCUACCACCUGGCGUGCUUCGCCUGCUUCUCCUGCAAGAGGCAGCUGUCCACGGGGGAGGAGUUUGGCCUGGUGGAGGACAAGGUGCUCUGCAGGAUCCACUAUGACACCAUGGUGGAGAACCUCAAACGGGCUGCUGAGAGCGGCAGCGGCAUCACUCUGGAGGGGGCAGUGCCGUCAGAGCAGGACAGCCAACCCAAGCCUGCCAAGAGAGCACGCACCUCCUUCACCGCUGAGCAGCUGCAGGUGAUGCAGGCUCAGUUUGCGCAGGACAACAACCCCGAUGCACAGACCCUGCAGAAGCUGGCGGACAUGACGGGUCUCAGCAGGAGAGUCAUACAGGUUUGGUUUCAAAACUGCAGAGCAAGACACAAAAAGCAUACCCCCCAGCACAGCGGACCCUCGCAAGGCCACCCCCAGUCCCGGAUGCCCCCUUCGCUGCCCGACGACCUGCAUUACUCCCCCUUUGGCAGUCCUGAGAGGGCGCGUAUGGUGGCCCUGCACGGAUACAUCGACAGUGAGUGUUACGUUGGCCACCCAUUCUCCGUUCUAACGACACAGAGCCUGAACCCCCAUCAAGCCAUGUCGCUGCCCCAGCUACCCCUCAGCCGCUAACUAAUGUACGCUGCCGCUGCCCCCCCUCAACCUCUGACCCUUGAAUCCUGACCUCCCAUCAGCAAGAUGACUUAAGGAGAGGAUCAAGAUUUGAGAAGCUCUCUACUCUUGACCUCUCACCCUUAACCACUCGGACGGAGAGCGAAAGAGAGAGAGAGACUGCCUCAUCGACUCUUUUCCCACGAACAGGAUUAUGAUUAUACAGCCAGUCUGACUGUUGUCAUGGAGGAUGUGAGCCCUUCCUUUUGCUCACUGGGACUUAUUCAAGGCCAAGACACAUUGAACCAGACUAUGAGCUCCUUGUGCAGAGCUGGACUGAAAGGACUCCUCUCUCCAUCCUCCGAUGGGGGUGACGGGACCAGGCUAACAGGAAUACAGCCUCAUGUGCGCUGUCAAAUUUCUGAAGAUUUACCUAUGAGGGGGAAAAAAACGUCAAGGGAUUGGACUUGUGAGCUUUACAGAGGACACGGAGGUAAGAAACCUCCCUCCUUUCUCUCUAUGAUGAUACCAUGAAGGAAUGCGAAAUAACUGAGUUUUGUUGUGGAAUCUGCUUCGAACUUAAACUUAGUACGAUUUUCUUUUUUAUAGUCACAGCUGUUAGUAUUGGUAUUAUUUGAGAUCAUGUGGUAAUCAGCUCUUCGUUAAUACACUGUCAUCAGCAGCCUUCUGUACAGGAUAUAAGCCUCAGAUGAGGGUAGAUUGUGUGCCUUAUCUUAUCCAUGAUAAGCAAACAGAACGACCCUAAUACGGUUGUUUUGAAUUAUGACUCAUUUCCAGGCAGCUGAGGUAAAACACCACAAUUCACAGAGAAAACAAAAAACUCAAAUUUAUUAGGAUGAUUUAAAAAAAAUAGUGGCAAGGUGUAACUUUACAUUUUUACUGGUGAAAAUAUUGAAAUACAAUUUUUAAAAAUGGGGGGGGGGUGAUUUUAAUUUUCACCAUAUCCUAUCCUCAUGUGCAAAGAUAAAAAUAAAUGUAUUAUUAUAAUAUGGAUAUGGAUAUUUCAAUCAUUUGACGCUCCAAAUUGUAAAAUUAGGAUUUACAGUAACAGCCUUGUGAGGCGUUUGGCAUUGACAUAUCUCUGUUAAAUGUUGAACAAUCACAUUUGAGUAUGAGAGAAAGAGAGGGAGGUCUGAAAUGUGUCACCCGAUAACCUUCCUCCACUUGUAAAGAAGGACUAAAAGACGAUACAUGUCACAUUACAUGUAAUCCCUACCCUUUUUCUAACCAGGUGUACUGUCACUAAAUUAUCAUUUAUCUCUGUGCAGGACCCAUGUCAAGUCAGUGUUUUUGUUGCUGUCUUCUACAAUUAGUCCAGCCUGUGUGCUUCACUUCUAUGGGGUGAAACGGAGAUGUGGUACAGCGGACUGGGGAUAUGAUGUGUAUAUAGACGUUUGUUAGCUGGUCAGCCUGGGGAGAGGGAGAUUGUGUGAAACUGUAACUUUUGUGUCUUGGCUGUGGAGUGGAGUCAGUGAGGAAUAGGAUCCUGUGUUUACAAAGGGACUAAGGGAGACAAGACCUCAAUGUUCUCGUAUUUAUUGAGACAAUAGCCUGUAAGCACUUUUUUUUUCCCGGAAAUUGUCAACAUUGUCUUGUUUUAUUAAAAAAAAUGAAAUGAAAUCGAAAGUUUAUUUGAUUGACUGUGCAUCACAUAAAUGUUUUGUGUACUAAAUGCAAUAAAAUGGACUUUAAAAUGUGA